CCAAUCGGUUGUGUUUAUAAAUAAAAGUUAAAUUUAAUAGGUACAGUUGAAAACCAGAAAGUUAAGUGAGAAAUAAAAAAUAUACACAAAUAAGAUAAAUAUUCAUAAGGCAAUGAGCGCAAAUAAUAUGGAGGAAGUGUUGAUGGAAUUGACUGGCAAGAAUAUUGUUUAUGUUGGUGGUUUUGGUGGCAUCGGUUUAGAAACAUGCAAACAAUUGUUGCAAAAGGGUGUAGCGAAUCUCAUGAUACUCGGCAAAGCAUGGAAUGAGUCAGCAUAUAAAGAGCUCAAUUCAGUCGAUCCCCAACGCGUAUGCCAAUUUAUUGAGUUUGACGUCACCUGCGGUUUGGAAAGAACGCGCACAGUGUUUGCGCAAAUAGCGGAGAAAUUUGGAAACAUCGACAUGCUAAUUAAUGGUGCCAGCAUAUCUGAUGAGAAAGAUUACAAUUUGAUUAUUGCCACAAAUUUUACCGGCACAAUUAAUGCUACACUGGUCGCCUACGACCUUAUGGAUAAGAGUAGAGGGGGCAAGGGCGGUGUUGUUGUGAAUAUAUCUUCGGUAGCUGCGCUGACGCCAUUCCACGUCUUGCCUAUAUACAGUGCGACGAAAGGAGGAAUUCUGAACUUUACGAGAGCGCUAGCGCACUUGGAGCCAAAAACAGGCAUCACUCUCUACACAAUUUGUCCCGGCAUUACCGACACCAAACACUGGGACAAUGUACAUUGUUUUCAAGGCAAAUAUCUCGGUUUGAAAGAGAGAUCACGGCAUGCAUUUCCAUCACAGUCUACAUUAGAUUGUGCAACGAACAUUAUAAAAGCUAUUCAAGCGCACAAGAAUGGCUCAACUUGGAUGUGCGAUUUGGGACAGCUCAAAAUGGUCGAAAUAAAAAAUUUCUGGUUCCCAAAUAAGGAAAACAAAAACGGAGAACAAUGUUGUAAACCCGAGUGUGGUUGAAGAAUUACGACAAGCCUGCAAGCGAAAUGCCUUUGGGCAUCCAGGUUCAAGGGAGCGGCAAGCACAGAAGUGAAAGCUUCAAGCCUGGCAAGCGAAAUGUGAAAGCUACCACUAAUGCAUUAAGUAUAAGAUAUAGGAAAUAAUAGAAGGUAUGAGCAGG